UCGUUUUCCAUCGUUCUUCCUCUCGGCUCUAGCAGGGAAAAAGGAGGACAGGAGGUGACUGUCCACCUUUUCCUCUCUGUUUGGCUGGGAGCGUGCGUUUCGUCCCCCGGAGGACAGUUUCUAGAGGGACCAGAGGGACGAGGAGAAGCUGAGAGCCACGAUGCUCAACAACCUCACCGAGUGUGAGGAGGGAGAGGGGGGAGCAAACAGUCAGGUGGUCAACACCAACUGUCCAGCUCCGCAAGGAGAUGGAAAUCCCAAGGAGAGCAGUCCUUUCAUCAACAGCAGUGAUCCAGAGAAAGCCCAGCAGUAUGAUGGCAAACACAUGGCUCUGUUUGAGGAGGAAAUGGACACCAGUCCCAUGGUAUCGUCUCUGCUCAGCAACCUUGCCAACUACUCGAACUUGCCUCAGGGCAGUAAGGAGCAUGAGGAAGCUGAGAAUAACGAGGGUUCCCGGAAGAAACCUGUACAGGCGCCACGGAUGGGAACGCUGAUGGGGGUUUAUCUUCCCUGUAUGCAAAAUAUUCUGGGUGUGAUUCUGUUUCUGAGGAUGACAUGGAUGGUGGGCAUUGGAGGAGUCAUCGAGUCCUUCAUCAUCGUCUUCAUGUGCUGCUCCACGACCAUGUUGACAGCAAUCUCGAUGAGUGCCAUUGCCACCAAUGGAGUAGUACCAGCUGGAGGUUCCUACUACAUGAUCUCUCGUUCCCUUGGUCCAGAGUUUGGUGGCGCUGUGGGGAUCUGUUUCUACCUGGGCACCACUUUUGCUGGAGCUAUGUACAUUCUGGGCUGUAUAGAGAUCCUACUGAUCUAUAUAGUGCCACAGGCAGCCAUCUUUAAAAUGGAAGAUUUGGAGGGCUCAGAAGCUGAGGCUGCCAUGUUAAAUAACAUGCGAGUGUAUGGCUCCAUAGUGCUGACCUUCAUGGUGGUGGUGGUGUUUGUAGGGGUGAAGUACGUCAAUAAGCUGGCACUGGUCUUCCUGGCCUGUGUUAUUUGUUCCAUCCUGGCCGUCUAUGCUGGUGUCAUCAAAACAUCCUUUGAUCCGCCUGUGUUUCCAGUGUGUGUUCUGGGGAACCGGACGUUGGUGUGGAAGGGAUUUGAUGUAUGUGCCAAGGUGAUAGAGAAAGAUAAUGCCACAGUCACCACCAAACUCUGGAGUCUCUUCUGUGAUUCGGAGUUGCUCAAUGCUACCUGCGACAGCUAUUUCACCAACAACAAUGUGACUGAAAUACAGGGCAUUCCUGGAAUUACUAGUGGCAUUAUUAAAGAGAACUUGUUUGGAAAUUACAUGGAGAAGGGUUCUUAUGUCGCAAAGGUGGGCCUUUCAUCUGUGGAAGACCCAGAUGCUGUGCCAACCAACACUAAAAACUUUGUGCUAGCUGACAUUACCACCUUCUUUACUCUCUUGGUUGGGAUCUACUUCCCUUCUGUCACAGGCAUCAUGGCGGGUUCGAACCGCUCAGGUGAUCUGCGUGAUGCUCAGAAGUCAAUCCCUAUUGGCACCAUCAUGGCAAUCACCACCACCUCCUUCAUCUACAUGUCCUCAGUAGUGCUGUUUGGUUGCUGCAUUGAGGGAACGGUACUGAGGGAUAAGUUUGGUGAGGCAGUAAGAGGGAAUUUAGUGAUAGGAACACUGGCGUGGCCAUCUCCCUGGGUCAUCGUCUUUGGUUCCUUCUUCUCUACUUGUGGGGCGGGGCUUCAGAGUUUGACAGGAGCUCCACGGCUUAUGCAGGCCAUAGCCAGGGAUGGGAUAGUGCCGUUUCUAAGAGUAUUCGGCCACGGCAAGGCAAACGGUGAACCCACAUGGGCUCUGCUCUUGACUGCCUGUAUCUGUGAGAUUGGGAUCCUCAUCGCCUCUCUGGACUCUGUUGCACCUAUCCUCUCAAUGUUUUUCCUGAUGUGCUACAUGUUUGUGAACCUGGCCUGUGCUGUACAGACCCUACUACGGACCCCUAACUGGAGACCCCGCUUCAAAUUCUACCACUGGACUCUGUCUUUUCUGGGUAUGAGUCUGUGUCUCUCGCUUAUGUUCAUCUGCUCUUGGUACUAUGCCAUCAUUGCCAUGGCAAUCGCCGGCUGUAUCUACAAGUAUAUCGAGUUCCGGGGAGCGGAGAAGGAGUGGGGUGAUGGCAUACGGGGACUGUCCUUGAGUGCAGCACGCUUCGCCCUUAUGAGACUGGAGGAGGGACCACCACACACCAAGAACUGGAGGCCUCAGAUUCUGGUGCUGGUCAGUGUAGAUGCAGAGCAGAAUGUCGAGCAGCCACGUCUGCUGUCACUUACCAGUCAGCUAAAGGCAGGAAAAGGACUUACCAUUGUGGGCACUGCACUGGCCGGCACAUUUCUGGACAACCAUCCUCAGGCCCAACAAGCUGAACAGUCUCUAAGGAAGCUGAUGGAGGCUGAGAAAGUGAAAGGCUUCAGUCAGGUGGUGGUCUCAUCCAACAUUCGCGAUGCCACCUCUCACCUGGUGCAGGUUAGUGGACUAGGAGGCCUCCAGCACAACACUGUGCUCCUUAGCUGGCCACGUAACUGGAAACAAGUAGAGGACCACGAGCACUGGAGGAACUUCAUCGAGCUGGUGAGAGAGACCACAGCUGCGAGUAAAGCUCUGCUGGUGGCUAAGAACACUGCAGCAUUCCCAUCCAACAGUGAGCGCUUCACUGAAGGACAUAUCGACGUCUGGUGGAUCGUUCAUGAUGGUGGCAUGCUUAUGCUCCUGCCAUUCCUCCUGCGUCAGCACAAGGUGUGGAGGAAGUGCAAGAUGCGCAUCUUCACUGUGGCACAGAUGGAUGACAACUCUAUUCAGAUGAAGAAGGACCUGACCACCUUCCUCUACCACCUGCGUAUAGAUGCUGCAGUGGAAGUUGUGGAGAUGCACGAUGGCGACAUAUCAGCCUACACCUAUGAGAAAACCCUGAUUAUGGAGCAGCGUUCUGAGAUCCUCAAGCAGAUCAAUCUCACCAAGACAGAGCGUGAGCGGGAGAUCCAAAGCAUCACUGAUAGUUCACGUGGUUCAAUUCGCCGCAAGAACCCUGCAUCUGCUAAAACCCAGCUGAGUGUGACUGAGGAACCAGUAGCCAGCAGCAAGGAGGACAAACCAGAGGAGGAGGAGCAGCUCAUUCAUGAUAAAAGCACCAACCCACCGACUCCCGCCACCCCUCAGAGUCCUGCUCCUGAGGCCAUCACUCCCAGCACAGCUGUCCAGAUGACCUGGACUGAGGCCAAGUGUGAUGGAGAACCGCCCAAUCCAGUAGCUGGUACACCUAGCGCUAUCAAAGAUCUCUUCAAUAUGAAGCCAGAGUGGGAAAAUCUCAAUCAGUCCAACUUAAGGCGUAUGCACACUGCUCUCAGACUUAAUGGUGAAAUAAUAAAGAAAUCCGGGGAGGCCAAGCUGGUCCUGCUCAACAUGCCUGGACCUCCCAAAAAUAGGACUGGGGAUGAGAACUACAUGGAAUUUCUUGAAGUCCUAACUGAGGGUCUCAACCGGGUCCUCCUUGUGCGUGGUGGAGGCCGUGAGGUCAUCACCAUCUACUCUUGAAAGAACAGCUGCAUCACCCUGCCCCACCCCUUCAACAUUGUACCCUCCUCAUAGCCAACCUCAAACCACUCCUGUACCACAUCUAAGCAAUAUCCCAGUGUUCCCUGAGGUAACCCUACCUCAUCUUGAUAUGGAGACAUCAUGGGCCAUGUUACUACCCCCUUCCUGUUUCUAACUAGCCCUCAAUAAUGCCCAUUUUACUAAUUCUCCAGUGAGUUCUAUCAUUGCCACCCAAUCCUUCA